CACUGAGAGACCGUUUCCCCCAAAGGCUCUUCUCGUUUUUGUUGUCCUGUAGGUCAUCUUUAGAGUAGAAUAGAAGCUGGUUUAGUGCAUAGUAUUGCUUUCCUCUCAGUAAAGUUACUAAAAGUGCAGUUCUGGGAGGUUUUGUUCGGUUCAGAAGGGAUGAUGAUGGGGACUUUACGCGACCUCCAGUACGCGCUACAGGAGAAAAUUGAAGAACUGAGACAGAGAGACGCGCUCAUUGACGAACUGGAGCUGGAACUGGAUCAGAAAGACGAACUCAUUCAGAAACUGCAGAACGAACUGGAUAAGUACCGCUCCGUGAUCCGCCCGGCUACCCAACAGGUCCAGAGCCGCCCGGAGCUGCAGGAGCAUCAGCGCACCAAACGCCAGGCGAUCAGCGCCGAACCAGCCAACGUCCAGCAGCUGAGUCACGUGACCCUGCCCAACGUCCCCAAGAGUGCCAAGUCAAAGGAACUGAUAAAGUCAGCUAUUCUGGACAAUGACUUCAUGAAGAACCUAGAGAUGUCUCAGAUCCAGGAAAUAGUGGACUGUAUGUAUCCAGUGGACUAUGACAAAAACAGCUGUAUUAUUAAAGAAGGGGAUGUGGGCUCCCUCGUCUAUCUGCUGGAAAAGGGAAAAGUUGAAGUGAGUAAAGAAGGAUUGAAGCUGUGCACUAUGGGACCAGGAAAGGUGUUUGGAGAGCUUGCCAUCCUUUAUAACUGCACCAGGACGGCCACUGUGAGAACUGUGACCAGUGUGAAGUUAUGGGCCAUCGACAGACAGUGCUUCCAGACCAUCAUGAUGAGGACGGGACUCAUCAAACAUGCAGAAAAUAUGGAGUUAUUGAAAAGUGUCCUGACGUUCCGGGGUCUUCCAGAAGAAAUACUGAGCAAGCUGGCUGAUGUCCUUGAGGAGACCCACUAUGAGGAUGGCAACUACAUCAUUCGCCAGGGGGCAAGAGGAGACACGUUCUUCAUUAUCAGUAAAGGAAAGGUGACGAUGACUCGAGAGGACUGUCCUGGUCAGGAGCCCGUCUGCUUGCGUUCUAUGGGGAAAGGAGACUCCUUUGGGGAAAAAGCCCUACAAGGGGAGGAUAUCAGAACAGCUAACGUCAUCGCAGCAGAGUCUGUCACCUGCCUUGUGAUCGACAGAGACUCAUACAAACAUCUGAUUGGAGGUCUGGAAGACAUAUCCAACAAAGGCAGUGAAGACGCAGAGGCAAAGGCAAAAUACGAGGCAGAGAAUGCAUUCUUCUCCAACCUAAACCUGUCUGACUUCAACAUCAUCGACACUCUUGGCGUUGGAGGAUUUGGACGUGUUGAACUGGUGCAGCUCAAGAGUGAUGAGAUGAAGACAUUUGCGAUGAAGAUCCUAAAGAAGCGCCACAUUGUGGACACGAGACAGCAGGAGCACAUCCGCUCUGAGAAACUGAUCAUGCAGGAGGCACAUUCCGAUUUUAUUGUCAGACUCUAUAGGACGUUUAAGGACAGUAAAUACCUCUAUAUGCUGAUGGAAGCGUGUUUAGGUGGAGAACUGUGGACUAUUCUCAGAGACAGGGGCAACUUUGACGAUUCAACUACACGCUUUUACACGGCAUGUGUGGUGGAGGCAUUCGCUUACCUGCAUUCCAAAGGCAUCAUAUACAGAGACCUCAAACCAGAGAACCUGAUACUAGACCACAGAGGCUACGCCAAACUGGUGGAUUUUGGCUUUGCCAAGAAGAUCGGCUUUGGAAAGAAGACGUGGACAUUCUGUGGUACACCAGAGUAUGUGGCUCCAGAGAUCAUCCUGAAUAAAGGUCAUGACAUCUCCGCAGAUUACUGGUCCCUCGGCAUCCUCAUGUAUGAGCUGCUGACUGGCAGUCCUCCUUUUUCAGGACCGGAUCCAAUGAAAACGUACAACAUCAUUCUUAGAGGCAUCGACAUGAUAGAAUUCCCCAAAAAAAUUACAAAAAAUGCUGCCAAUCUCAUCAAAAAGCUAUGCAGAGACACGCCGUCUGAAAGACUAGGAAACUUGAAAAACGGUGUCAAAGACAUCCAGAAGCACAAAUGGUUUGAAGGGUUUAACUGGGACGGAUUGAGGAAGGGGACACUGAUGCCCCCCAUCAUCCCUAAUGUAACAUCAUCCACGGACACCAGUAACUUUGACAGCUUUCCAGAGGACAAUGAAGACCCACCACCUGAUGAUAACUCAGGCUGGGACACAGACUUCUAAACAGGCCUAAAUACACACACGUGCACACAUACACAACACUGCUCACAUGGGAUGUCUGCCUGGGAUAGACAUGCUGCACUACAGGAUGGACUGGAAGGGAAAUGUGGGAACAAGCAGAGAAGAGGUGAAUGAAAUUAAGUAACUCUAAAAGGACUGACGAGACCCGGAGACAAAACAUGAAUCUCUUACGUGAGCAUGUGUCUGUGUGCGUGUUCACCACUGACCCAUGAUAACCACCUUUACUGUGAGAUGACUGAGGAGACAGUCCAUUUAGGGAAAAGCUUGUGACCUCAGUGAUUUGUUCUUCUCCCUGAUUGGCUGUGAACUCUUCAUUCACCAAUCCGUGUGCAAACUACUCUAAAAAAAGACCACACUGUAUGUCGCAGGAGUCCAGACAGACCUGAAUGUUGCUCUUAAAGUAAUACUCGUUCAUUAUAGCACAUGUACAUAAUAGCAUAGUAUCACUACCCUGAAAAACUGACGCAUAUGCCGGCGUUCCUGACAUGUAUCGGAUUAUCUGUCAUGUGCAUUAUAAUACAUCAAUCGUUAGACUCAGUUUCACCUUCUUCAAGCACACACAGACAUCAUAGAUGCAUCUUCUCGCUGAUAAUUUAUUGUCCUGGCGGACGGCCAUUAUAGUUUAUGAUAUUCUGAACCCAGUGCUGGUCUUCUCAAACUUCAUCCCAUGAAAUGAUGUGCCUCAAAUUCAUAGCUACAUUAAUAGUGUACUGUAUUUAUUGUCUCAGAUUUAUAAGAAUUAGGAGAUAAGUACUGACCACUGUGAAGGGCCGGAUUUUAAACAGGAACAGAGUGUCAUUAAAAGAGGAACGGAUGUGGGAUUGGUUUGCCUUCUAUGGCCAUUUCUUAAAACCAACUAAUUCAAAAGCAAGUACAACAUAAUCCUGAUUUCUCCAGAAAUUCAGCCGUAUCAGAUCAACAGUAUUAGUGCCUUAAAUCAACGGCAUUCUGCGACGCUCCUCAUGCUGCAUGUCAGAAUACAAUCCCCUCAGCCUGCUGCUGUCCAUCAGAUGCUCUGUCUAGGUUUUUUUUGUUUUUGUUUUUUUACGCAAUAAAGCAACUGUUUUAGACACUCCCUUGUG